AUGGCCGAUUUCUAUGAAAAUGAAGUAUUUCGUAUGGAAGAGGCUGUUGGAUAUGCCUCUACCCUCAAAAAGCCAAAUUUGACGCAGAUCGCGGAGGAAUAUGCUAUUUCGUAUUAUACUCUGUACCGCCGAGUCCGUCAAAAAUCAACGCCCAGAAUUCAACGAAAACCACAAAAUAAGGCUUUAAAUGACGUCCAAGAGAAAGCUUUAUCCUUCUGGAUUCGAUCAUUGGAUGAAGCUUUUAUCCCUCCGACACCAAAUAUUAUAGAACAGUGGGCAAAUCUGACUCUUGCCCGAUCGGGAACAUCAGACCGAACAGUCGGAAAAAACUGGGUUUAUCGCUUUAUUCAACGUUUCCCGGAUGUUGAUUUUGAGAUGAGACGACAGAAGAUUCCACGUCUUGCCGGUGAAGAACAUGGAGAGCGAGUUACUGUCGCAGAAUGUAUUGCGGCUGAUGGUUGGAGAAUGGAACCCCUUGUUAUCUUUAAAGGACGCCAUCAAAUGGAGGCUUGGUAUGAUACCAAAUUACCUGAGGAGUGGAUGACUGCAACUAUUGAGAAAGGCUAUAUGGUUGAUGAACUUGCUGUGCUUUGGAUCAAAGAAUUUGACCGUCAAACGCAGUAUUGUGUUAAGCAAGGCGAGCAAAGAAUUCUUUUAGUUGAUGGCUGUGGCUCAUAUCUGACAUUUGAAUUCUUAAACUCUGCUGAAAAAGCUGGUAUUAAGAUCUUUGGUUUUCCACUAAAUAAGAUAAAUUAUAUUCAACCUUUGGAUGGUAAGCCAUUUUUGGCUUAUAAGGCUUAUUUUCGUUAA